UUUCGAACUAUUAGCUAGAGCCAGAGGCGACUCUGGGCAUCCUCUCUCGGUUAAGAUUCGGUCUUUCCUCUUCCAUUCUCCUCCGAAUCAAAAUCCCCCUACUAUCUCUGCUCCCUUGCUGCCGCCUCAUCAUAGCUGUUGGUGGUGAUGGGGAUGGAAUCUCAGACCGUGGAGACCAGCGACGGCGUUAAGCUUCACGUGCGGCUCUUCAAACCGGCGGAUCCUCCUGUGAGCGAUCUCGUCCUCGUUCUUGUCCACCCCUAUACCGUCCUCGGCGGCUUCCAAGGCUUACUCCGGGGGAUCGCCACCGGACUCGCCGAGAAGGGAUACCAGGCAGUUACCUUUGACAUGAGGGGCGCCGGCCGCUCCUCCGGCCGGGCCUCCAUCUUCGGCUCUGCCGAGAUCAACGACGUCAUCGCCGUUUGCCAGUGGGUCUCCGUUACCCUCUCCCCUCGUGGCAUCAUACUCGUUGGCUCCUCCGCAGGUGCCCCAAUUGCUGGUUCAGCGGUUGAUAAAAUAGACCAAGUGAUUGGUUAUGUGAGUAUAGGCUAUCCUUUUGGUUUCAUGGCUUCCAUUCUUUUUGGGCGGCAUCAUGAAACUAUCUUGCAGUCCAAGAAACCUAAACUAUUUAUCAUGGGAACAAAAGAUGGUUUCACAAGUGUAAAACAAUUGGAGAAUAAGCUCAAAACUGCUGCUGGGAAAGUGGACAUUCAUCUGAUUGAAGGAGCUGGCCAUUUUCAGAUGGAAGGGCCUGCGUUUGAUGCUCAGAUGGUUAAUUUUAUAUCCACAUUUGCGGAGUCACUGCAGGGAUAACUGUUCAGGUGCAAGCUGUAGAGAGUUAUGGAAAAAAAAAGGAAGUACACUCUCAUCUUCUAUUGUCUCAUUGUGUUUGUGCUGUUUAUGAAAUUAUUGCUAGGGAGCUGAUCAUUUUUAUGAAAUUUUAGCGAGCAAAUCUUUUGUAAAUUAGAAUACGACACUUGGUUCAUAUCUACUAAUGUUUUGGAGGAGUGUACAUGCAUUUAUUCAAUUAUCAAAUUGACUUGUUUGACUAGUAGCAUUAAUGGUAAAA